CUUUUUUUCUCUCUCUCUCUCUCUUUUGGCGAUUGUUCUUAUUGCAUUAAAGAGAAACCAUCUUCAUUGUUAGACAUCUAAAACCUUAAAAUGGAGUUUAGUGUCCAUCGCUCUCAUCGCUGUUUCGAUAUUCUUGAAGGAAAGUCACCACAAGACGAUCAUGUCAACUCAACAUUCCUACCAAACGCUAGCUUCCAUGUCCCGUUGCAGUCCUUAUCGAAACGCAACAACAACAAUGGCUCUCACUUAGACCCAAACAUUUACCACAACGAGUGUCUCGAAAGAAGGGCAAGAAGAAUGGUCUCUAACCGAGAAUCUGCAAGAAGGUCACGUAUACGGACAAAGAAGCACAUAGAAGAGCUGCAGCAGCAGGUCGAACAGCUGAUGAUACUGAAUCAUAACUUGUCCGAGAGAGUCAUCCAUUUGUUGGAAAGCAACCACCAGAUGCUACAAGAGAACUCAAUGCUUAGGGAGAAAGUCUCUUCCUUUCAAUUGCUUAUGGUGGAAAUGCAAAUACCCAUGAGAAAUGUGGAUGGCAGCAUCAGUUACCGGGUUGUGAAUCAUCUCAGAGGAGAGACGUCAAACCGGACCAACACUUUCUUUGGUAGGUAAAAAAAGAAAAGUUUCAUGUUCUUGGUGUGCUAAAGCCAGUAGUAGUAGUACUAUGAUAGUAUGAUUGGCUCAUAUAUGCAAUGUGACUACUACACUAGUAAUUGCUUGCAUGUCUGUAUAUAAUAGAUUACAACAAUGCAGUAAGUAUGUAUCGCAUUAGUGCUGUCUCAAAUUAUUUCUACUCUGUUCACAAAAAUA